UCCUUAGGCCGUUUUUUUCCUCUCUCCCUCUCGGAUCAGAGCUUCAAAAAUGGGAUUUGUCAAGGCUCAGAAAUCGAAGGCUUACUUUAAGCGGUUUCAGGUUCCUUUCAAGAGGAGGAGAGAGGGAAAGACCGACUAUCGGGCUAGGAUUCGCCUGAUCAAUCAAGACAAGAACAAGUACAACACCCCAAACUUAUUGCACUGGGUUGCUUUUGGGGCGUCGGGUCCUUAAGAUGCUUGAAAUGGAUGAUGAAUAUCAGGGCCAUGUGGAGGCUACUGGUGAGGAUUACUCGGUCGAGCCAACUGACACAAGGAGGCCUUUCCGUGCUCUCCUUGAUGUAGGUCUGAUCAGGACAACCACCGGCAAUCGUGUUUUUGGUGCUCUGAAGGAAGCAUUGGAUGCUGGCCUGGAUAUUCCUCAUAGUGACAAGAGGUUUGCUGGGUUCUCCAAGGACAAUAAGCAACUUGAUGCCGAAGUUCACCGGAAGUACAUUUAUGGUGGCCAUGUUGCUGCAUAUAUGAUGACUUUGAUGGAAGAUGAGCCAGAGAAGUAUCAGUCUCACUUUAGCGAGUAUAUCAAGAGGGGAAUUGAGGCAGAUAACAUAGAGACCAUGUACAAGAAAGUUCAUGCUACCAUCCGAGCCGACCCAACUGCUAAGAAGUCUGAAAAAGAGGCUCCUAAGCAGCACAAAAGGUUCAACUUGCAGAAGCUAACGUUUGAGGAAAGGAAAGCUAAGUUGAUUGAACGUUUGCAGGCCCUUAAUGCAGCAGCGGGAGUUGAUUCAGAAGAUGAUUGAAUGUAGCAGCAUGAAAUUUGAUCAUUUCUUGCUUUCAUUU